CUUUAACUCUUAUAAUAUCAGAAACUUGAACAGCUGAACUAAAACAUAAUAUUUUGUCCGAAAAACAAGAGCAAAAGAACUAGUACAUAAUAUCGUGCUUUAAUUCUUAUUUAGAGAUUUUUAGAUAUGAAUUAUACACAUGGAAAAAAUAUUUUAAAUAGUGCCAACAGAAAUGAUGGGUUCUUUGAUCUCUAAAAAUCCAGGACAUAUAUAUAAUUGUUUUUUAUUUUUUAUUCGAAACAAUCCGAUAACUUUUUAUUUUCUUUAAAAAAAUAGUUUGCAUUAAAAACCCUAAUACUUGACAGUGUUGUUGUAAUGAGAAAAUAGAACUUGAUCGUUUUUUCUUUUGUAAUGGGAGCACGAGUUCGAAAAUAGCAUUGGAAAGAUAAGCAAAAAUUGUGAAGAAUAAUCUGUAUGUAACUUCCAAAACAGAGGAAUAACGUUAGUUAGAAUAUUAGUUAGUGAUGUAACUAACUCAAACUACUUACACUAUAGCAGUAUCAAUACCUAUAAGAGUGUAUGGAUGAAAUCUAAGUGUGACUGUGUGAGAGUGAAAGAAACUUCAUGUGCUGAAAAUUCAGAAUCAUCCUUACCUCUUCCAAAUAAUGAACGGAUAGAUAAAUAAAAUGGAUAAAAUAAAACAGUUGAUUUGUUUGACCGUUGAAAAUGAAGAAGGAAAAGAAAAAAAAAUAUAUAUAUAUAUAGAGCGGCGAUGUCUGGAUAAGAGUUGAAUGAAGUGUGCAGAAAGAGAAAGUAGUUUUGCUGCAUCUCCAUCUCAAUAUGGAGAGUGAAGCUGUGAAUCUGAAGCUGUAUUCACACUGGAUGAGCUCCUGCUCCUUCCGAGUUCGAAUCGCUCUCAACCUCAAAGGCUUAAAAUACCACUAUGUAGCUGUCACCGCCUCCUCCAAAUCUGACCCCGAGUUCCUCAAGUUGAACCCUCUUGCUUUAAUUCCCGUUCUGGUGGAUGGCGAUUUUGUUCUCGCUGAAUCCUUAGCCAUUAUUAUGUAUUUGGACGAUAAGUAUCCUCAAUACCCUUUGCUGCCUCAUGACAUUCCCAAAAGAGCACUCAAUUUUCAGGUUGCACAUAUUGUUGCCUCAUCCAUACAGCCUUUUCAAAACAUGGGGUUCUUGGUACCUAUCAUGUUCAUGCAACCCGUUUUUUUAUGCAACAGUGUGUAUCAAACAGUAAAAAUAAUAACUUCAUCGAGAAAAAGGUUGGCCCUCAUGAAAAACUUCCUUGGGCACAAAGUGUCAUUAGAAAGGGCUUCACAGCACUUGAAAAGCUACUGAAAGAUCAGGCAGGGAGAUAUGCCACUGGAGAUGAAAUUUUCCUGGCAGAUUUGUUUUUAGCACCUCAACUGUAUUCAGCAUAUAAGAGGUUCAACAUUUCCAUGGUAGUAUUCUGUGUAUUAAUUACCCCAUAAGAAAUAUGUUAUCCAUGUUUGACAUGAUAUGAUAUCUUUUAUAAAUUCCAAAAACA